AUGGAAGAGCGUCCUCGGCGCAGCCUCUCCCGUGCCACGCGGUCGACUGCAAAGCCGGCGAGACGCAUGUGGUCUGCGUCCACACGUGCAGACGGAUCGUCUGUAGAUGAAGAAGAAGAGGAGGAGGUCGAGGAGGUCGAAGAAGAAGAAGAGGAGGAAGAAGAGGAAGAAGAAGAAGAGGAGGAGGAGGAAAUCGAAGAGGAAGAGGACGAAGAGGAGCCGCCAGUGGACGAAGCAGACGAGGCGGAGCUGGACGCUAUUGACUCUGCGUACCGCAUCUCCGUCACAUCCAGAGACUUCCACACGCUGGAGCAAGGGACGCUCGUAAGCAUCCUCAAGACGCCCGACGUGGAGCAGCGCGUACCGCACACAGUGCAAAAAGUGGGCGUAGUAGAAGAGGUUCCACAGCACCCGAACACGUGGUUCAAGGUGCGGAUACGGGACGGCGACGUGGUGUACAAGUACCGACCGUCAGCACUGGAAGUUGUCGAAGACGGGGACGAAAUGGGUAGUCCACGUCAUAGUUCUGUGAGGCACCGAGAGGAAGAAGACGAAGUGGACGACAUCGAAGAGGGAGAGGAAGCGAAAGUGGAACAUGAGAGCAAGAAGAAGAAGGAGAGGAAGAAGAAAGAAGACGAGCGGGUGAUGCCAGGCAUGCGCGUCCAAUUAAAGUUAAGGACCCUGCACGGGGCCGAGAAACGGUAUCUGAAGAACUACGACGGAAAGGAAGGAGUUGUGACGGGGCACGGCAAGACAGGCGUUGUGGUCCAACUGGAUGCGGACGAGGACAUUGCACUGACGCUGCGUCGAAAGCACCUGGUAGUGCUGCCAGACGAAGAAGACGAAGACGACGAUGAUGAAGAAGAAGACGAGCAAGACGAGGAGAAAGGAAACGAGGAAAAGCCGAAACAGGGUGCUGGGAUGCAGAAUAGGAGGCGGUCAAAGGGAAAGUUGCUGUCUGUUCUGGAUCCGGACAUGUGGAUUGACCGCAAGUGCCGAAUCAAUGUCGGCAAGUUCAAGGGUCAACAUGGUCGUGUGCUGCGGUCAGGAAAUGGCUGGGUGCAGUUGAAGCUCGAGAAUUCGAGUGAGAACACAGCCAAGCGUGCGUACGAGCUCACUUUGCUCGAGGACAUGGAAACCAUCAAGGUGCUGCAUGCCAAAACUCUUGAAAAGGAAAAAAAGCGCCGUGCGGAAAAUAGGGCAAACCGGAUCAAUUAUCGAGGCGACAAUAGAGCCGUGGAUGACGAUGACGACGAUACCAACAACAGCGGAUUCGAUGACGUGCUAACAGCGGAACAAACGGAGGACUCUCAAGGCGACGAGGACGGCGGGGAACGCUUACGUCGCGUGUCAACUCGCGGUAGCUACGGGAUCUCGUGGAUCGCAAAGAAGGUAAACCUGCCGAACCGCAAGGGCUUUGGCAUUGUGAAAAAGGCGGAUCGCGAUACGUGUACGGUCGAGAUCCAAACAACAAAGGUGCUUCAAGUGUUCAAGAAGAAAGAUUUACAACUUGCUAAUGACAGCCUCCCCAAGACUGCUCGUCAGAACAGUCGCAAUCGCAAUAAUGCCAAAGCCCGCGAGAAACUUGGGCUCGGUGAUGAUGCUGUUCUCAUGGGUACGACGCCUUCACGCUACAUUGCGUUCCAAGACGUUGUGAAGCGAUUCGCAUUGCGUCGGCGCGAAAAGCUGAAGAAACGCCCAAAUCUUAGCGAGUGGCAAGCGCGACUGGACUUGAAUUACCUAGAAAAUGGGAUCUGGGACAAAAGCGACCUCUCAGUGGUUGACCUAGUCGUUGUCCCACAAUGUGAGAUAUGUGGCGUGGAAAAAGAGGAAUCAGCGGGCAAUUGUUGGAACAUGAAGUGUCCAAGGUGCCCCGCCUUCGAUGUGGACGCAUUCGACCCUAAGGAUGAAGAUACUGUGAUGCGCGUGCCUGUUGUACCAUUUGUCAACGACAAUGUUACUCGCGCAGCUGCUCCUUCGAAAGAAAGAGUUGUCACGAAAGCGAAAGCACGAAUCCCUUGA